ACCGACACAUGUAUCAAUUUUCGUGUUGAAGCAGAGAGAGCUAAUUGUUUGCCUCUGAGUCACAUGGAAAAGAAAGAUUCUUUCACUAGCUCUGCGGCACAUUCAACUCCAUCAUUCCUUAACACUUCCAUCUCAUGGGGACUUUCAACCGAAUCGAAUGUCGGCGGUUCUGCUGUGACUCAAUCACUGAUGAUGAGUUUGAAGGUAGAUGCAAGACCAGAACGUCUUUUAAACACAAAGAAUAUCAGUUUCCAGUACCAGGAUUCAUCUUCAACUCUGUCCACUGGUCAAUCUUCUACCCAUGUUGCUACUAGUGGAGAUGAUGACCCCUCCAGACAUAUCUCAUUUUCACCACAUUCAGAUUCUUCUUUGGCUAACUUCUCAUUUCACUAUGCCGAUCCACAUUUUGGUGGUUUAAUGCCUGCGGGUUACCUACCACAGGCAACAAUAUGGAAUCCCCAAAUGGUGAGUCGAGUUCCGCUACCAUUCGACCUCAUAGAAAGUGAGCCUGUCUUUGUCAAUGCAAAGCAAUUCCAUGCAAUUAUGAGGAGGAGGCAACAACGUGCAAAGCUAGAGGCGCAAAACAAAUUAAUCAGAGCCCGUAAGCCGUAUCUUCAUGAAUCUCGACAUGUUCACGCUCUUAAACGACCUAGAGGAUCUGGUGGAAGAUUCCUAAACACCAAAAAGCUUCAAGAAUCUACAGACCCAAAACAAGACAUGUCAAUCCAACAGCAACACGCAAAGGGAAACAUGUCAAGAUUCGUGGCUCACCAGCUGCAGACCAGCAAGGACCGUGGUUGUUCAACCACUUCUGGCUCUGACAUCACCUCUACUUCUGACGGCGUUGAUCUCUUUGGACACUCGGAAUUUCAGAUAUCAGAUCACCCAUCUCAGACAAACCCAACAAUGUAUGUUCAUGGUCAAUCAAAUGACAUGCAUGGAGGUGGGAACACUCAUCAUUUCUCUGUCCAUAUCUGAGACAGUGGAAUUUGGUGAUGUGUAUGUUCCCACAAAAAAAGGGAAGUCAUCCUUGGCUGCUACCUCGCUACUUCGCUAGUUCUUAUUUCACACGCUUUGUCCAGAUAUCAUUUGAAUGACCAAAACCUUCAAGCUUCAACUCUUUACUUCUCGUCUGUCAUUUGUACCAUGGAUCAUCGUGUGUUAAGUCAGUGAUUGGAUUGGAGUGUUAAAUGUAAAUGUAAAUGUAAAUCUGAUAACUGAUAAGUUUCUGCUCUUUGCUUAUUCAUAGUUAGUAAACCUAAACCAGAUUC